AUGAAGGAUCUUAAGUACAAAAUCCUGGUCAAGGGGAAGAAGGAGCGAGUGGUGGAGGAGGGCUCGUCCAGCUCUUCAGAGUUCAGCUCCUCAGACGAGGAGGCCAGCCGCUCCGAAGGCAAAGCCAGGCCGAAGAAAGAGGAUAAGAAGGUGCCAGGUGUGUCUAAGCUGAGUCCAGAGCUGUCAGAGCUGGUGGACUUUUCUUGCCCUUCCCAUCCAGGGGUGCACUUUGUGCGUCACAACAGCCACCAGCUCAGCAGGAUCUACCCCUCAGGGCAGCGCCUCCAGUCCUCAAACUACAACCCUCAGGAGAUGUGGAACGGAGGCUGCCAGAUUGUUGCAUUGAAUUUCCAGACGCCUGGUGAGCAGAUGGACCUGAACCAUGGCAGGUUCCUGCAGAACGGUCAGUGUGGGUACAUCCUGAAGCCUCCUUUCAUGUGCCAGCGUGACAUCUCCUUCAACCCAGAGAACGUCGGUGGAGGUCCUGGCCACAGACCUGUCCUGCUCACUGUUCGGGUUAUUUCAGCUCAGCAGCUGCCUAAACCAGAAUGGAACAAGCCCAGCUCCAUCAUGGACCCUCAGGUGUGGGUAGAGAAACAUGGUGUUCCCAUAGACAACAACAAGAAGAAAACUCAUCAUGUCGACAACAAUGGCUUUAACCCGCGGUGGGACUGUACCUUUAACUUUACCGUCCACGUCCCUGACUUGGCUCUGGUUCGCUUCAUGGUGGAGGACCACGACUACACCUCCCGCAAUGACUUCUUAGGGCAGUACACCCUGCCUUUCACAAGUCUCCGUACAGGUUAUCGUCAUGUCCGACUGCUUAAGCUGGACGGCUCCAGCCUUUCACCCUCCUCGAUCUUCAUCCAUGUUAAGGUCACCCCGUGUCAGAGCAGUCCCUCGAAAUCAUCGGCCAAAUCGCCAGCCAGGUCGCCGUCCAAGUCUUCUGCCAAGAAGCCCUAAUCCACUCUCUCCACCAUCGCAACGUGAAGCAUGGAAGCCACCGUGGGAGGAUCCCGGGACACAUCUGUCUGGAUUCAGACGAUAAAAGAUCUGGGCUCUAACUCAUAAAACUUAAAGGAUCCAAC